GUUUCCAGUUUCCUCGUUCUCGCUCGCUUCAAUCAGCUCAGCUCAACCAUCCUAUUCGAAGCUUAUUGUUCAGGAAUCGUUUGGGCGUCCAUGAUUCGCAUCGCCUUGUACUCUGACACUUGGGCUUGUCAAUCACCAUUAUCUUGCUUCUCUGUUAUUUGGUCGUCUAGGUGUAGCAAGACAUCGAAUUUCCCAGAUAUGAUGAGGGGAUAUGCACCUAAGCCACGAAAACGCUGUCCAAUUCCUUUUGCAAAAGACCCAGAGGGGUUAGUCCAUUCAAAGGUGAGGAGAACUCCUGACCGACUUGUCAAAGGUUUGUCCUAUAUUAUGGAGGAUGAGCCUGAUGUGAACAACGGAUCUCAAUCUCUCCCUCCAUUUGGUGGUGGAGGGCAGAAGAGAUGGUUCGAAAGGGGGGAAAGUUUCAAGCUUAACACUACCAUGAAGGUGAAAGUACAUUGUGGAUUCACUCGAAGUAGUGGUGCAGGAAUGACUAUAGCAGAUAUGCGAUAUGUUAAAGGAUGCAAGUAUGUUGUCGCAUCUGGCAUUUUCAAUCCGUAUAGCAUAAUUCACCAGCCUACCAAUGUUAGCGUCCAUUCCAGGAAGCUAUUCUGUUUUGUCAUGCUGGUGGAUGAGAAAAUUCUCAGUUUGAUGAAAUAUAGAGAGACUGUAGAAGAAGAUAUUCAUGGGGGAUUACGGGCAGGUAUAUGGCGCUUAAUUCCAUUGAAGCAUUUACCUUAUAAUGAAACUAGAAGGAACGAAGAGAUUUCCAAGCUCUUAAUUCACAGGCUGAUCCCCCAAGCUCAGUAUAGCAUCUGGGUCAGUAGCAAAAUGGUGCUAGUGGCAGAUCCCUUACUUAUUCUUGAGAGAUAUUUAUGGCGUGAAGGGCACUCCUUUGCUAUUUCUCAGCAUGGCUAUCAUCAUAGCAUUUAUGAGGAGGCUAACGCAAGCAAGCGCAGAAAGAAAUAUUCUCGUCCCCGCAUUGAUGCCCAGAUGAAGGUAUAUCAGAGCGAAGGAUUAGAACCAUGGAGCACGAAGAAAAGGGUCAUCAGUGAUGUUCCUGAGGCAUCAAUUAUUAUACGGGAGCAUACCAUGCUGAAUAACUUAUUUAGUUGCUUGUGGUUUAACGAGGUCCACCUAUUUACACCUUUGGACCAACUGAGUUUUGGUUAUGUUGCGCACAGGUUGGGGGAAGCAUUCAAGUACUUCAUGUUUCCAUUUUGUGAAUUCAAUUCAUUGUUUGAGUUGCAUUCCCACUCCUGGGAUCGAUUCGAAAUGCGAUUCGGAGGGGAAAUCAAUGUUGCUUGAAAGAUUUCAAGCAAAGGGGACGAUUAUGAGCUUUUCUCAAUGCCUGUCUUUGGUUAUCUUUAGAUAUGAAUGGUUCACCUUCACAAUGAAUGCUGGCCGAGAGUUAACCAUAUUUAACAGACCAUCUUUUGCUUGUCGACCA